AUGACUCAAGUUGUACCUGAACAUGUGGCUCGUGCUAAACUUAGCGAUGGAUCAAGUAAUAAUAAUAACAAUAACAAUAAUAAUAAUAAUAAUAAUAAUAAUACUAUUCGGAAAGAAAGUAAUAAUACAAAUAAAAAACGAUCACAACGUUCGAAUUCUGCAACAUUAAGUACAAUAUCUGUCACAUGUGAUACAGAUACAUCUGUACGAUCUCGUAACAGUCGUUAUCAACAAUCUCCAUCGAAAAAUGCAUUGCUACCCGAUUCUAAUAUAAGUGCAUCACAUUCAUCAUCAACAUUAAUGAAUGUGUCUGGUAAUCCUCCUCCAACGUCAUUUUCUAACCGUCGUCAACACAAGCCAAGUGGAAAUAGUUCAUCAUCAAUGUCAACUAGUUUAACAACUACAUCAGAAAUGAAUAUUAUACAGGAAAAAUCGCUAUUAAGCUCAUCUGCAUCAACAUUAUCAAUGCCCAAUAGACCUUCAACAAAAACUAAAGGAGGAGCUGGUGCUGUUGGUGGAACAGCCUAUGCAACAAGAAAUUUCUCUAAUAAACAACGUGCAACUUCAUUUGAUGAUCAUCAACACCGUUCAAAUCAAAAUCGUGGAAUUGGAAAGAGUGUUCUUGAACAUCUUGUUUUUGUCUUUCCGGAAAACGUUCGAAGAAUACUUGGAGGACCAAAAAAUUUAACGGAGCGCGCCAACGACAACCGUCAAUCUACAGAACCUGUAGACUUAGGUGAACCACCUUCUAUUGAAGAACUCAAAAGUUGGUCGGAAUCCUUUGACAAAUUAAUGCUUAAUCCCGCUGGUCGUCGUUAUUUUCGCGAUUUUUUACGAUCCGAAUAUAGUGAAGAAAAUUUUCUAUUCUGGAUGUCCUGUGAAUCACUUAAAAAUGAACAAAAUCCUGAGAGAAUUGAAGAAAAAGCACGAUCAAUCUAUGAAGAUUAUAUAUCUAUUUUAUCUCCGAAAGAGGUAAGUUUGGAUAGUCGAGUGCGCGAAGUAAUCAAUAAAAAUAUGGUUGAACCAUCUCCACAUACAUUCGACGAAGCCCAAUUACAAAUAUAUACUUUGAUGCAUCGUGACUCUUAUCCACGUUUUAUAAAUUCACAAAUAUACCGGCGACUAUUGCGUAACGAAGAUCCAUCUACUUGA